AGCGCCUUCUUUUUUGUUGAUGUAUACUUUUACUCUUCUUCUUCUUCUUCUUCUCACAAAUCACAAUACAUCUCUCUCUCUCUCUCUCUCUCUCUCUCUCUCUCUUAUUUAUUAUUACCAUUCCGAUUCCGUUACACAAUUCUAAUUGACUAAAGACUCAAAAGGGAAGUGUAAUUUGUGAUGGAUUCGACGGCGAAGGGUCGGAGAAGGGCGUCGGGGAGGUCGUCGGUAGUAGAGUCGAUAAGAGGUUGUACGUUUGCCGGAGUUAGAAUAUCGAAAGAGGAGCUCCGGAGGAGGAUCACGAUGCCGGAGUAUUUAAGGGUGGCAGUCAGGGAGGCUAUACAGAGUAAGGAUGUAGACGCUGACACUGUAAAGCGACAUUUCGACACGGCUUAUGCCCCCGGGGCCGAGCCUCCUCAGCCGCCGGAGGGGCCCAUCGUCGUCUUCAUUAAUUCUAAAAGCGGUGGAAGACAUGGCCCACAGCUUAAAGCUAGGUUGCAGGAACUCAUGGGUGAACAACAGGUUCUUGACCUUUCAGUUGUGAAGCCUCAUGAGUUUGUUCAAUAUGGAUUAAGUUGCCUGGAGAAGUUUGCUGCUCUUGGCGACAGCUGUGCAAAAGUGACUCGUGAAAGGAUAAGAAUCGUGGCAGCAGGAGGUGAUGGCACUGUUGGAUGGAUUCUUGGCUGCCUUGGAGAGCUUAAGAAACAGGGUCGAGAGCCAGUUCCACCAACAGGAAUUAUCCCACUUGGCACAGGAAAUGACUUAUCCAGGAGUUUUGGUUGGGGCGGGUCAUUUCCUUUUAACUGGAAGUCAGCCACAAAAAGUAUUCUUGACAGAGUUGCAACAGGUCCAAUUAACCAUCUGGAUAGUUGGAAUCUUGUAAUAUCAAUGCCCGCUGGGGAAAAACUGGAAACACCUCAUUCCCUGAAACCUACUGAGGAUGCAUCUCUUGAUCAGGAAUUGGAUAUUGAUGGUGAGUUGCCCAAGAAAUUGUCCAACUAUCAAGGAGUAUACUACAACUACUUUAGCAUAGGAAUGGAUGCACAGGUGGCCUAUGGCUUCCAUCAUUUACGGAAUGAAAAGCCAUACCUUGCACAAGGUCCUGUAUCAAACAAGUUGAUUUACUCAGGAUAUAGUUGCACGCAAGGUUGGUUCUUUACACCAUGUAGCAGUGACCCUGGUUUGAGGGGACUGAAUAAUAUUUUGCGACUAUAUGUUAAGAAGGUCAACAGCUCAAAGUGGGAGCAAGUCCCUGUUCCUUCAAGUGUUCGGUCUAUUGUCACUCUGAAUCUCCCUAGCUAUGGCGGUGGAAGGAAUCCAUGGGGACAUUUGAAGCCACAGUACUUGGAGAAGAGGGGUUUUGUGGAAGCCCAUGCAGAUGACGGCCACCUUGAAAUUUUUGGCCUGAAACAAGGAUGGCAUGCUUCUAUGGUUAUGGUUGAGCUCAUCUCUGCAAAACAUAUUGCCCAGAUUUGGUUUGCAUAGAUACUCAGCUUUUGUUGAUGAAAUCUCAAAGAAAAUGGAACACGAGGUGGUAAGAGGGAAUGUGGUCGAGCAUUAAGAGAUACAGUAAAACUAAUUGGCACAUUUUGUAGUGCUUCUCAAAAUUGACCUUGUAUGAAUUUUUGGACACGCGUUGAUUUGAAUAUAUUUUCCUUAAGGAGAAUGUAUCUUGUUUAAUUGUGUAUGGUUGAAAAGAUGAUCGACCAUUAUUUAAUUUUUUUUCUUUUUCUGAAUACUUGUGCCGCUUACUAUGAAGUGAUGCUUUGAUGCCUAUUCCAUGGUGACACUUCUCAUAGAAUAAAGCAAAAACUAUUUUAGAAUCAAAAUCUCUCG